CUGGAGACUGCAAAGUAAAAUUCUUACUUUAAAUCACUUAAAUACUACAACUGUCCCAAAGCAGAACUAUUCAAAACAAUGAAAUGCCGUUUACAAAAAAUAAAAUUUAAAACUACAGUGAUGCUUCCGCUUUAACAGUGUUGUUUCAUCUGGCAAUGUUUUAUGGGUGAAUGUGCCAGAAAAUCAGUACUUGGACUGAGCCUGUUAGUGCAUAAACGAGCUUGCCAACCAAUCACUGCAAGUCUAGAGGUAUGUGCUUGUUGCUAGGUGUGGUUUGUCAACCUCUUCAUAAAAGUCAGAAGCAGAGUUUUCAGCUCUUUCCAGUCUCCAGUCCAUAUAACACAAGUGUCUCUUCCUUAAUAACCUAAAGGUAGGUAGGUAUUCUUGUUAUGUAGCACAUCGCCCGGGUACUGUUAGCAGCUAGAUUGUCACUCUGCAAAAAGGGAAUGCUGCAGUUAGUUAUAGAAACUGGUGAUUAAAAAAAAAAAAAAUAAAUCUUAAAUUUGUACUUUUGUGUUUUGCAAAAGGUUUUGGAUUUUGCUGUUUCAAACUUUUUUUUUUUUUUUAAUUUUCUUCUUUAUAACUUUGGUUUUUUUUGGGGGGGUGUACUAUAGCUUUUAAGAGGACAAAGAAAAUGUUUGUGAAAUCUUUAGAACAGUAUACGAUGAUAGGGUGUGGUUAAAUGGUUACAGUAACACUCCCUUUUUGUUUCCAACACAACUGAAUGUAGAAUAACUGAGUCACUGGGGAAAAAAAAAAAACAAAAAAAACCCUUUUGUACUCUGCAAACUAAACCUAUUUACCGUGUUUUUUUUUUUUUUGCCACGUCCUCCCUUUUUAAUACCUAUACUACAUACAUUUUCUAUUGAAUGUUCAUAAUUAAACAUUUUCUAAAGCGAUUUUAUUUAACCGAACUGCUUUGUGAUGUAUAUCUCCCACCCUAUUAUUUUUUUUAUUUAUUUUUUUUUUUUUUAGUUUAAAGGGGAGGUGGGGGAUUAAACCUGUUGUAAGUAAUUAUUUCAUAAUCUGCUUUGUCUUUUAAAGUUUCAACCAGUUUAGCAAGCUAUGUUGCAGGUUGGUGAUGGGUGUGGUGACACUAGGUGGAAAUAACAUAUUUUGGACUUUAAGGACAAAGUAACUGCUCAGCAUUGUGAGUGCAAAGAAGAGCAUGGCAACCAAAUGUAACACUGGCCAUUUAAACUGUUUUUAUAUAGGUUUAAGUGUGUGGUUGUAUCCCUUUCAGUUAUUCAUUAAGAAAACGUCUAGAGAUUUCUUAGAGACACUUUGAGCUCAUUAUGAUAGUUAUGGUGUCAAGAGUCUGGCACUAGAUAGGGAUACUAGUUCAACUUUAUUUGUAAAUUUUUUUUAUUUUUAUUUUUUUUCCUGGACACACCAUAUAUGUUGAUUAACAGACUUUGCUCAGAGCCCUAUUUUAUUAUUUUUAGUAUAUUUUUAUUUUUUUUGGUGGUUUUUUAGUUUUUAUUAUAGUGCUUAAACCAGCCAUAUAAAACCUUCCAUGGCGCAUAGUUUUAAUACAGUCGCCAUGUUUGUGUCUAGAUGGGUUGAAUCUGUUAAUUUAACCCACUUAAAGUCAUAGUUUCCAUACAGCCUGAUAAAGUAUUGACACUUCUGAUUUAUUGCACUUUGUGUAAAGCUGAUCAACAAAAUGUAAUUCGGAACACUAAUUUUACCAAAGGAGUUAUGGUCACCUAUUCACAAAUUGCCUUCCUCCACCAUUCUGGAAAGUGUGCUCUGUGUACAUCACAUAAGUUAAAUAUUCUCCUAGUAUCAACUGGGCAUAUAAAUGAGAUUAAUGUCCAUGGAACAGGGAGGGGCACAUCGUUCUAGCUAGGCUAAACCAUACAGGAUCAUGACCACUUCUAUUUCUCAAUACCCACUAGCUUUGGAUAACUUUGCAGUGUUGCUUCCAGAAUGCAAGCAAUGACUUUUUAGCUAUGAACUUUGCCUAAAGCAUUAAACUAUGAUUUCGUAAUAUUCUCAUAUCCAACCCAUUAUGAGUCUGUCAAGCUUGCUUGUAUAGCUAAAUUUAUUAUGCAAAUUUGCAUGACCUGUAAUGACUUGUACUCCUAGGCAAAAUUUGAUUAUGAUUUGGUAAAAAUAUUCCUUGGUAAUGUUUAUUUCAUCAAUUCAAUGUAAGGUAAAGGAAAACUAUAGCUUUAGGACUAAAAAUAUUAUUCCUGCUGCUAUAAUGUUCUAGUGACAAUUCGGAUUAUUGGAGCCCACAGUGUGUAUUGAAAUAGUAUAGUAAGUAUUAGAAUACAAACAUGUAUUCCUGACCCUAUAGUGAAAAACCACCAUUUAGGUGGCUAACCCCCCACCCACUUAGAACGGGUUGUAACUCACCUUAUUUUCAUCUCUCCAUGGUCUGCAGUGCUGGCCUUGUCCCCCUUGGUGAUAUCCUCAAAAUUGCAAAUUUUUAGCCAAUCCAGUGAUUUACCCUGGGGAAAGCAUUGGAUUGGCUAAAAUCCGCAAGGGGUGGGGCUAAAAUCGGGCAAUGUAGACACUGCAUUUUCUCUGAAAAGGCAGUGUUUGCAUCAAAAUGCCUGGCGGGAACUAUUACUCACCAGAACGACAUUAAGCUGAAGUUGUGCAUAUGACUAUAGUGUCCCUUUAAGGUCUUCCACCCCCACUCUGGUGAAUAAACAUAGAAACAUAGAAACAUAGAAUGUGACGGCAGAUAAGAACCAUUCGGCCCAUCUAGUCUGCCCAAUUUUCUAAAAACUUUCAUUAGUCCCUAGCCUUAUCUUAUAGUUAGGAUAGCCUUAUGCCUAUCCCAUGCAUGCUUAAACUCCUUUACUGUGUUAACCUCUACCACUUCAGCUGGAAGGCUAUUCCAUGCAUCCACUACCCUCUCAGUAAAGUAAUACUUCCUGAUAUUAUUUUUAAACCUUUGUCCCUCUAAUUUAAGACUAUGUCCUCUUGUUGUGGUAGUUUUUCUUCUUUUAAAUAUAGUCUCCUCCUUUACUGUGUUGAUUCCCUUUAUAUAUUUAAAUGUUUCUAUCAUAUCCCCCCUGUCUCGUCUUUCCUCCAAGCUAUACAUGUUAAGAUCCUUUAACCUUUCCUGGUAAGUUUUAUCCCGCAAUCCAUGAACCAGUUUAGUAGCCCUUCUCUGAACCCUCUCUAAGGUAUCAAUAUCAGGGGUAUAAAUACCCUCUUUUCUCUUACCAUAUCGGGUUUGCUUGGUUCCUUCCAGAACAUCUUGCCCACGGGCUAACCUUAUGUGCAUUCAUGACAAGUGCCACAUGCGCAUUAGAUUUGUCCCAUAGAAAAGCAUUGGAUCAAUGCUUUUCUAUAGGGAAUUUGAAAGCUGUCGAUGUCUUCAUGCAAUGCAUGAGGAAGUCCAGUGUGGCUUUUUUUUUUUUUUUUUUUGUGAAAAUUGAUCAAAAUGUCCAAAUCCUUGACUGGGCAUCCUCUGUUCCAUCUGUCGUGCAGCUUGAUGACUUGCUGUCUCAGAUAAUUGCUUUAAUAAAUGUAUGGCUGCCUAUGUCUACUUUAAAGUAGUUGAAGAUAUGAUAAUCACAGCUUUAAAAUACAGCUAUAGUGUGUUAUCCAACCUAGCAGCAUGUAACUAAAGGUUUUGUAGAGGGUGCAGUUGCUACAUUUGCUUCAGUACAUUAUAUAGAGAAGUUCUUAUGCAAAGAAGACAUUGGGGGAAAUGUUACCAAAGAAACAAAUUGGGAAUUAUCUUUUAUUUCCUUUUAGGAAUCCUGACUCAUCAUGUCUUUUAUGCAAGCUUUCCUCGCACAAGCCAACUUCACUGAACAAGGAGGACAUCCUCCAUGUACCGUAAGUCCAUAAACCUGGUCAGAUUAUGUAGGAGUGCCCUGAUGUUGGGGUCCCAUCCUGCCAUCCCAGGCUGGUUUAUUUUAUAUUCUAUUGUAUAUUCAAUUAUUCCAAAUCAGGGGAACCAGCUAACUGAAGUCAAAUCUAUAAUAAGCACAUGUGCUGUGCAUUUGCAUUCAGUUUGUCUGGUGUACAUUCACACCAAAAAGAUCUGCCUGUUCUAAAAGCUGCCAAUCCCCUUGCAAAGUGAGAUUGUCCAUUUUGGGUGUCACCAGUUGCUCAACUGGGAGGAACUGAGUCAGGAUAGAGGGUAUUUUACUGCUACUUGCAUUGCUGGCAAUGUCCAAAUGGUAGAGUGAGCUUCCCAAAAGGAGCAUGUCAUCUUGGAACAAAGUGACUCCAGGCUGGCUGACUUGUGCACGAUCUUCCUGGAGCGGAGGCUUACCAGAUGUACUCUGGGCAUGGUAGUGCCCUAACUACAUUUUGCAUUGUGCAAAUCUUUGUUGCUAGAGCAAUAUGGCCAUAGGGGAUGUUUCCCUGGCAUCACCAGAAGUGGGACACUGGGAAAUGGCAAAAGAUGGUGGGGGAAAAAGACUCCCAAAAUCAAAGUCAGAUCCAGGACUGUUGGGUAUGAUUUGAUAUUAUGAAAAUUUAGACCAUUGAUCCCAUGUUUCCAUUCAUCAUAGUAUGUCUACACAUUAUUAUAUUGGAAUGAUAUUUAACUCAGAUGGUCAUGGUUUACAGUCGAAAUGGCCAUACUGAAUUUUGACCCUUUAACAAACCCUUUUCUUUGAUCUUAUGACAUAUUCUUCACAGGCCCAGGAGACUGGAGGUCAGGUAAAUGCAGAUCCUAAAUUUAAUGCAGCAGCAGAUGCAGCGGAACUAGAAAAAGCCAUCAAAGCAAAAGGUAAGAAAUUGCAUGAUAUCCCCGGUGUCUUUAUUUAAUCCGUAAAUUGACUUACAUUCAAUGUGCUAUAAAAAAUGUCUGUCACCUGCUUGCUUAUCUAAAACGAAUACAUUUUACAUGAGGGAGAGCAGACUGACAUCGAUUUUUAAAGUUUUUGUUUAAAGGAUCACUAUAGGGUUGGGAAAACAAACAUUUGUUCUGGACCCUAUAGCCCCCCUGGGCCCCUCAUGCCUCCAUAAAUAUAGUACAAAUCUUACUGCAUUCAAGCCUGAAGCUGUGACUCAGAAAAAACCCAGAAGUGGUAGCCUGAUCCAAUCACCAUGCUUCCCCACAGGAUUGACUGAGACUGACAAAGAGGAAGAUCAGGGGCAGAGUCUGCAUGAUUCAAACACAGCCCUGGCCAAUCACCAUCUCUUCAUAGAGAUGAAUUGAGCCAAUGAAUCUAUAUGAGGAAAGUUCAGUGUCUGCAUGUUUGGAUGCAUUUUAGGCAGCCAUGACCCAGGAUGGAUCUCUAGCAGCCAUCUAAGUAGUGUCCAGUUAAGUUAUCACUAGCUGUAAUGUAAACCCUGCAUUUUCUCUGAAAAGACAGUGUUUACAGCAAAAAGCCUGAAGGUAAUGAUUCUACUCACCAGAACAAACUCAAUAAGCUGUAGUUGUUCUGGUGACUAUAGUGUCCCUUUAACCUCUUAGUGACCAGACUGUCACUUACUGUUAAGGACCAUUUUUAAAUUUCUGCAGUGUUUGUGUUUAGCUGUAAUUUUCCUUACUCCUUUACUGUACCCACACAUAUUUACAGUUUUUCUCGCCAUUAAAUGGUCUUUCUAUAGAUACCAAAUUUAAACACACUUUUUUGAACUUUGACCGUCAAACACCCAUGCUAAACAGUUUCUAAAUUUUGUACUAGUUAAAAAAUACCCAAUGGUUUUUGCAAGUUAUAGGGCUAAAAGUAGGACAUUGCUAUUUCAAAAUAUAUAUUUUUAAAAUGUAUCAAUAGUGACAUUGUAACACUGUUAUCUGUCAUCUCUGAAUCACACCUCACAUGUACAUAUCUUUUUAAAGUAGACACCCCAUAUUGAAUACCCUGGGUUAUGUGCAGUUUUUUUUUUGUUUUUGUAGCCACUGAGUCCCAAACACUGGCCAAAAUGAGUGUUCAUAUUUGUGUUUUGCAUUUUUCACACACAAAUAUAAAGGCCAAUUUUGGCCAGUGUUUGUGGCUACUGAACAGACUGAACAUACCCCAUUUGCAAUACCAUGGGUUGUCUACCUUAGCAAAUGGUAUGCCAUCAUGGGGGUAAUUUUCAUUCCUGGCUACUAUACGGUCUCAAAGGCAACAUUACCAUCUGUCAAACUUCAAUGUGGGGAAAAAAGGAAAUGCAUGCCUUGUAUUUGACUCAGUAACUCUUGAAAACUCCAUAAAAUCUGUACAUGGGGGUGGGGGAAGGUGUGUACUUGCGAGACUCCACGGAACACAAACUAUCAUCGUUGUGAUGGGUUUUACUGUUUUGAAACCCUAGUAUUUGUGUCCAGCGAAGUCUCCCGAGUAAAACGGUACCCCCUAUGUACAGGUUUUAGGGUGUCCUGUUCUAUGUGGAGGCCAAAAGAUGGUUUUGGGUCUAACAUAUCCAAGUAUUUGAAAGGGUGAAUUGCGGUCAGUGUGUGAUUUGAUUUUCUUUUGAUGGAAAGGUAGGAUUUGUGUAAUUUAGGUACUGUUACAAAGAUCAUUCUGACUGUUAUGUGAUCCACUUUUCUACUUCUGUGAACUAGUCUUGAAGCACAGCCUCAAGCUGCAGUAGAUCGGAUUUGCUUGCAUAGAUUACUGUGACGUCUGCGUAUGUGUCUACAUUUGAGGAUUUGUAGAUCAUUUAUAAAUAAUGUGACUAGUAGGGGGCUGAGAAUGGAACCUUGAGGAAUACCACAUGUGAUUGGGAGAGGUAGGGAGUCUGUCAGAAAUGGAAUCAUAUUGUGAUCGAUCCGAUUACAUAUGAUCGAAACCAGGCUAGCAGACAAUCUCGUGUGUGUGUGUGUAUAUAUGUGUGUGUGUGUGUGUGUGUGUGUGUGUGUGUGUGUAUAUAUAUAUUUAUAUUAUAAUUUAUUUUAUUUUUUUUGUAGAAUGUCAUGGUCUGUGUGAAAGGCCUUUGAAAAAUCAUGGAAGGUAGCUUGUUAGGUCUCCUUGUUCUAUGCCAUUACAAACUUGUAAGAGCAGGUGUAGUAGAGUGAUUCAGGCAAAAACCCGAUUGAUUUGGGGUCAGAUAGUUAGAUUGUUGGUAGUACUCAUAGUUGUGUAUGGACAUAUGUUUCUAAGAUUUUUGACAAUACUGGGAGUAUGAUAUUGGGGCAGUGGUUAGAAACCAAAGUAAUGUCGCCUAUUUUUAUGCAUAGGUACUACUGUUGCAGUCUAACAAAGUUUGGGUUUGUUCAUUGCUGUGACUGGUUAAGCAAUUGCCGACGCACUGAGCUUCAACAGCAUUGCUGGGAUUAAAUCAGGUCCAGACUGGUUUUUCAUUUUUAGAUUCUGAAGGUGUCUCUUAAUGACAGUAAUAAGUAAGUCUAAAACUGAACUUGUCUAUAUUGGAUCUUUGCAAAUUUAGUGGGGCCUGAUCAACAUUUGUAGUUUCAUGAUGACUAAUUUAUUUGCUUGGCAAUCAGGGUAGUGGAGCAUCUGACAAUUGUUUAACGCAUUUGCUACAUCUAAGAGAAGUUGCAGGGUUUGGUUGUCCACUUUGACAGUGGAGGGUGGGGAGUAGAUUGGGGGAGUUUGUAAUUUAUUUAUGAUUUUCCAAAAGUUUCUAGAGAAAUAUUCAGAUUUUGUUUUGUGCAUAUAUUUCACCAUUGUCUAUAUGCUCAGUGAUCGUUCAUAGAGCCAGUACCCUUGAACCUUGACCACAAUGAGUCCUGAAACUGGCAUAUUUGAAUGAGGUUAACUGUGAUCCAAUUCAUAUGUGCCCCUUACACAACGGGGCAUGCUAAUUCCAAACUUGUAGCAGUUCUGACUGAAAUAAUUCAACUGCACAGUGCCAUGGGAGGUUCAUGUGUCUUUUAGAAAGGAUUACCUUUUAUUUAUUUUUUUUUUAUAUUUUUUAAAUAUAAAAGGACCUGGUGAUUUUUAAUCUUGGGAGAGGAUUUAAUAGCUUUUAGUUUGCGCACGCAGUGCAAAACUGUUCGGGAGAACACUGAAACUGUUCGGGAGAACACCUGCCUCCUGCAUUCGAUCAAUAGAAGUGGAGAGAAUCCAAUCAAGUAGGGUAUGGUUAAGGCUUUUAAUGUUAAUGUGAGUUGUGGAGGAGAUUAAUUGAAUUGGCUGCAAAAUCUUAAACUGCAAGCAAGAACUAUUUUUUUAUUUAUAUAUAUUUUUAUUUUUUCAAAAUUUCACAAUUUACAUGGUGCAAUCAAUUCCUCUAUUGCAACAUUUACAUUUCUAAUAUGUUUCCAUAUAUUAACAACAUUUCCAUUAUAAAACGAAUUUAAAUAUUCAUAUCUAUAAUUCACAUAAAUUGCAAAAAGAGGUGGGUAAGAAAAAAACCUAAAACAUUCCAUUCGCACAUACAUACAAUCCCGGGGAACCAAACCUACACUGUCCAAUUUUCCCAUCCUUCACAUAAGGUACGUUAUUACUAAAGUUCCUCGAGAAUCCAUCUCACAUUCGGGGAAGCUCAUAUCCUCAGAAUUAUAAGUUCUAAUAGUUAGUAAUAAAGUUAUCAACCAUUAUUUCCCAUUUACUGUAUUUCUUCAAGCCUACAGAGUUGCCUAAAAUUAUUCCCUUUUCCAUCUUACAUUGGUAUAUUACCUGUGUUUUAAUUUCACUCCACUGUAUUUCUUUUUUACUUUUCCAGUUUCUAGCCACCGCUAACUUUACUGCCAUUAAAAUAUGUAUUAUCAACAUUUGUUUCUCAGGAGACAUAGAAGGCCAUCCCAGAUGUAACAAAAAACUUUGUGGUGUAAAGGGUAUAUUUAACUGACAUGAGUUAUAAAUCUGCUUGUAUGCCUCCUUCCAUAUUUUACUUAAGACUGUACAAUGCCACCAAAUGUGGAGAUAAUCUCCUUUCCCAUCUUCACAUCGCCAACAAAAAGGGCUCUGAUCUAAAUACAUUUUAGCCAGUUUUUCUGGGACCAUAUACCAUCUAUUUAGGAGUUUAUAAAAAUUUUCUACUAUAUUCAAGCAGUGUACCGAUUUAUUAACUUUCUCUAUCGCGUUUAUCAUAUCUUGUUCGGAAAUUACUAUUUGUAAAUCUUUUUCCCACUUACUCUUAGAUUUCCAAAGGGGGGCCUUCUGGGAUAGCUCUAAAAAUUCAUAACAUCUAGAAAUAUGACCUUUAGUUCUAUAUGUUUCCAUAAUCUUCUUAAUGUUACUUAUAUUUUUAUUAAGCUGAAUAUCCAAGAAUUUCGUCAAAUAAAACUUAACUCUUAAAUAUGUGAAUACCUCCUUACUUUCAAUCCCGAAUUCUACCUGUAACUGGCUAAAUGACUUAAGAUCCUUUAUAUCUAUAAUUUGUUGAAUAUGCGUAAUACCUUUUUGUAUCCAACCUCUAAUAUUAUCGUCAAUAUUAUUAUUAAUCACCUCCAUGGGUAGGAAAGGGAAUAUUCUAUUUUAUAAUUUUUCUUAAAUUUAUACCAGAAACUCCAUAUACUGUCUAUAAUUGUCGAAUUUUCUGGAUGAACCAAAUUAUUUUUUUUUUAAAUCCCUCCUAGUUGUCCAAAACAGGGAGGAUAGGCUGCUUGUCUCUACUAGUGAUUGCUCUAUAUGAUGCCAAGAUUGAUCUUUUUGAUCUAUACUUAAUGUAUUAACAGUAUGGGCCAACAUACAUGUAUCAUGAUAUUCAAUUAUAUUUGGGGCAGCAAGGCCUCCAUCCUUUCUUUUCUUAGAUAUUAACUGUAAGCUUAUUCUUGGUUUUUUACCUUUCCAAAUAAAUUUAGAAAAAGCUGACUGUAUCAUUUUUAACCAAGGAUUGGGAACUUGUAUAGGUAUCAUUCUAAAGAGAUAAUUCCAUUUAGGCAGAAUAUAUGAUCGAAUAGUAUUUAUGCGGCCUAUCCAAGAGAUCUCCCUGCCAGCCCAUUCUUUUAAUAUUUUAUUAGUAUUUUUUAUUAGAGGGAGAAAAUUAACUUCAAUAACUCUAUUUAUGUCUCUUGUUGUUUUUAUGCCAAGAAAUGAGAUAUAUUCCUUAACCCAGACAAAAUCAUAGGAUAUUUUAAUAAAGUCUUUAUCUUCCCUAGAUAAAUUAGUUGUCAUUAUUGUGGUCUUAAUAAUAUUUAAUUUAUAAUUUGAGAAUACACUAUAAUGGUCUAGUAUUCUUAUCAAUUCCGGCAGUGAUGAUCUAGGAUUCUGCAUCAUAAGCAUGACAUCAUCCGCAUAUAGAUUAAUCUUAUGUUCUAAAUUAUUAAGCCAAAACCCCUCAAUCUUUCCGUUUUGUCUUAUAUCUUCUGCAAGAGGCUCAAUAGUUAAAACAUAAUGUAACGGGGAAAGAGGACAUCCUUGCCUGGUUCCGUUUUUAAUAGUAAACCAAUCUGCCUCUAUCCCAGGGCCAAUAGUCCUUGCCGAAGGAACUGUAUAUAGUGCCAUAAUGGCAUCAUAAGCUGUUCCUACUAUGCCAUAUGAUUUCAAUGUGUUUCCCAGAAAGUCCCAUCUGACCCUGUCAAAAUCUUAAACUGCAAGCAAGAACUAUUUUUAGAAUUCAGCCAAUCAAGAUUAAAAUCUCCAAAGACUAACAGCUCACUUUUUGUGUUUUUGAGCUAUGGGUUAUGUCAGAUGGGGAAUGCACUGGGGAGCUAGGUGGGUGGUAGAUUCCUGCAACAAUGAUUAAUUUACUGCAUGGGAUAUCAAUUGUCAGAAAGGAAAACAAGGGUGGCAGGAGAGCUAAAGUUUUGUAAGGGGUGAACUUUAUGGAAUUGUCAACAUAAAUUAGAAUGCUGCCUCCAUUUUGCUCUGCAAUUUCUAUGGCAUGAAUACCCAUGUAUUGCAAUGGCAGUCAGAUAUCUUAGGGGUUAGCCAUGAUUCAGAGAACACAAUGAUUUUGGGCUUGUAAUGUAAGCACAAUGCUUGCAGUACAUCGAGAUAUAGGUAGGUAGGUCGGUCUGUCUGUCUGACCAGGGUUAGACUCUACAUCAUUUGCAAGGGCAAGUAACAUGAGUAAGAGGAAUUCGGACAUAAUCUUAGUUUGGUAGUAUUGCAAUUGUAGGGUUUUAUACUUUUGUGGGGUCAGGUGGGAGGCUUGAUUUCAACAUUCUCCAACACUCAGCAGAUAUAUUACCACAACAAAGCAGGCCAUGAUUUAUAAGAAUUUGGUUCUCAGAUUGUGGUGAGUGGCACUUAAGAGGGUAGUGGUAGGAACAUGAUAGUGUGAAGAGGGUUAAAAGGAAUAUUAACUCUGUCAAAUUUGGAACCAUGUAGAGUCGGGGAGGAUAUUUAAAAAAAUAAAAAAUAAAAAAAAAAGUUACAAAACAUUUAAAUGGUCAGUGUGUUUCCACUUAGAAUAAUGAAUUGUGUACAAGCAUGUAUUCCUAAUAUUGUGUUGGACUAGCUAUCUAGUUCUAUGGCCCCCUUCAUAGUGGAAUUUCCAUUGCAGUGCUGGUCUCUCCUCAUUUGGCCCCAACUCUGUCAGAGAUCAUCAGUCUUGAUUAUCUCAGCCAAUCCAAUGCUUUCCAACAGGAAAGCAUUGGGAGGCUAUACUGUGCCAAUCAUCUCCUCAUAGAUUCAUUGAAUCAAUGAAUCUCUUUAGGAAGCGUUCAGCAUCUUCAGUUAGUGUGGAGAAAAGCCUGCAGGGAUGGGCUGUAGAAACAAGAACCGCUACAGCUUAAAGGACCACUAUAGUGCCAGGAAAACAUACUCGUUUUCCUGGCACUAUAGUGCCCUGAGGGUGCCCCCACCCUCAGGGUCCCCCUCCCGCCCGGCUCUGGAAGGGGGAAAGGGGUAAAAACUUACCUUUUUCCAGCGCUGGGCGGAGAGCUCUCUGCCUCCUCUCCUCUUCCUCUCCUCCUCCGUUACGCCCCGCCGCUGAAUGCGACGCAAGAGCUGCGCAUUCAGCGGUUCAUAGGAAAGCAUUUACAAUGCUUUCCUAUGGACGCUGGAGUGCUCUCACUGUGAAAAUCACAGUGAGAAGCAUAAAGCGCCUCUAGUGGCUGUCAAUGAGACAGCCACUAGAGGAAUUGGGGAAGGCUUAACCCAUUAAUAAACAUAGCAGUUUCUCUGAAACUGCUAUGUUUAUUAAAAAAUGGGUUAACCCUAGCUGGACCAGGCACCCAGACCACUUCAUUAAGCUGAAGUUGUCUGGGUGCCUAGAGUGGUCCUUUAAUGUAUUCUGGUGACUAUAGUGUCCCUUAAACCAUAUAAAUGCAAUUUUCUAGUACAAAAGUUGCAGAAAGCAAAGUGAUCCUUUUGAAUGAAACUGGAAAGUUUGUUGCAUUAUUUUGCACCUUCGAUAAUUGUUUCAGCAUUCCCAAGGCAACUAAUUUUGAGUCCAUAAUUUAUUUAUUUUUUUAAUCUUGUGUAGAUCUUUAUUGCCUGCACCCUUUAAUCUAACAAUCUUGUAUAUUUCUUGGACGAACAAUCAUUCUUGCUGUUGAAAGAUGAUUCUCAUCGCUCAGUCUUACCAGUUUAUACCAUGAAAGAUGCUUUGAGUUCCUAUGGACUCCCUCCAUAGUGGCAUAAAAUGUAGGUUACAACAUUGUUGAACUGCAAAAACAAAUCUUGCAGCUAGUGUUAUCCAGCACUAUUUUGACAUUCCAUGGUAGUCCUAUAUACACUAUAUAUGGGAUCCUGUUCUUUUUACCCACAUCAUCUGCCAAAUGUUACUUACUGGUCACUCAUUGGGAAAACUUUAUUUACUACUCUAUAUAAAAGUGCAAGUACCUUAUUCCUCUCAGUAUAAAGUUUUAUUUCCAAAGUUAAACAUAGGUCUUGUUACCUUUAAACAGGUGUUGAUGAGGGAACAAUCAUUGAUAUAUUAACUAAAAGAACAAAUGGAGAGCGUCAGCAAAUCAAAGCUGCCUAUCAACAAGCGACUGGAAAGGUAACUGUAAAACCUGUUUCAAACUGGUAAAAAAAAAAGUGCAUAUGUCUACCUGUAAAGUACUGCUUUUAAUAUAUGCAUGCAGGGAUACAUUUAAUUGCAGUGGCAUGUCCAGUGUACAUCCAUUAAGUUAUUUUUAAAACUCCCUCAACAAGGCUAAAAUAUUAUUCUGUCCAUCCUAUCCUGAGGCACAUCUAGUAUUUCAUCCCAUAUUGACUUAAAGUGACAAUCAAAGUUAACUCCUUAUUUAUUGUACAGUAAAAUAUAAAAAUGCAUUUUGUAUGUAUUUUUUUUUUUUUUUUUUUUAUGCAGUAAAUUCCCAGGUUAUGUAGGAUCUUCUGCCAAACAAAACAGCCGUGUCAUAGCAAUGUUUCCUCUUAGCAAUGCUUUAAGUGCCCAGUGCUCCAAAGUCUAUGUAUAUUGUAGUAGGACAAAGUGAGUUUGUAUUGCUCUCUUUGAUAGGGGUGGCUAUUCUCAUUAGUGCGACAGCCAGGGCCAGUGCAAUGGUUUCUGACGUCACAACAUCACAUAAAAUUGUCAGGAAUUCAAAGUAAAUUUUAUAUUUAGGUAAAAAUAGCCAAACUGCAAAAAUGUCUGAAUUGGAGAUUGGCUAAUUUUCCAUUUUCACUUUGGUGAAUAACCUUGUUAAAGCAUAGCUCAUAUUGUAUGGUUCAUUAUAGAAAUGAGUGAUUUUAGCCGGGCUGUCAGUGAUGGGCUGAGAUUGUCUGCUCGUUGUCCCAGACUCACUGCCUGGCAGUUGAGAAAUAUGCAUGUGUGGUGUGUAGAUUUUUUGGCUAAAAUUAUAUUCUGCUUAUACAUAUGUUCACCGUACAUAUAAAUAUUAUAUAAUCUACAUGUAUAAUACUCACACACUUUAAAGGACCACUACAGUCACCCAGUCAAUUUGUCUUCAUAAAGUGGUCUCUGUGCAGUGGUCCUAUCUGUUUAAUGCCACAAGAUAAAAUAUUGCCUUACCUUGAAGAGUUAAACACACCACUAGUGGCUGUCACACUGACAGCCACUAGAUGUGCCUCUGCUGCAAUGCCACAUUUAGUUUGAUAUGUAUAGCACUUGCACACAUGCACAUCAGGUCACCAAUGCUUCUGUAUGAGGAAAACUGGAGUGGAUCAGCACUGCCCCAUCAACCUUGCGGAAGGUAGGGAGACCAGCAAUGCAGAGGAUGUAUUGGAGCUUGAAAGAUGUAAUCUAUUAAAUUUUUUUUUUUUUUUUUAAAUAUAUAUUCAUUGAAGCUAUGUAGAGUACUCUGAAUACAAAUUCCUAACAUUAUAGUGUUCCUUUAAAAUUACUUUUUUAUUUUUAUUACAAUUGUCCUUUGUGCCGAAAUACAAUCAGUGACAUGCGCACACACAUUCAUUCAAUCACACUUAAUGGUUCACACCCUUACAAUCAUUCCAUGCAGGCAAACACCCUGACCCAAGCACACACAACCUCUUGCCUUCAUUUCAAAUUGGCUGUCCAUGGCUACUCUCACUGUCUUACUCCCACUAGAUAUUGGUAGCCAAACCAGCAGUAAAACUGUUGCAGGGGCCCUUUUAAGAAGCACUAUCUUAUUGAAACAAUUUUUUGGCUUUUUAACCAUAAUGUGUCAAUGAACUGUCAUUGCACUGUUUGCUUAUUUUAGAACAUCAUUCCAUAUUUAAUGUCUUCCUUUAUAUAGCCUCUAGAAGAAGCUUUAAAGAAAGCUCUUAAGAGCCAUCUGGAAGAAGUUGUGCUCGGUAUGAUGAAGACACCAGCUCAAUUUGAUGCUCAUGAGUUGAAGGGUGCAACCAAGGUAUUCAAUAUUGGUUUCUAUAUAUGUAUGUCUUGAUUUUGAUAAUGCGUGUGCAAAAUUUUAUCAAAUGUAAUCUUUCCUCACGGAAAAAGAUUUAUAUAAAUAAGUGGCAAAUAUUUUUUCAAUAAAUCAUGUUUACAUUAUAUAUAAACAUUUAAUUCUCAAAAUUAAACCUUUUCCCUCCUGCAAUCAAAUGAGCUCCUUUUUAGGAUGGAAAUGUUUGUAAACCUCCUCCUUCUUUGCUAGUUGGUGUUCUCCUAAACUGAUAAGCCACAACAUUGCAACCACUGACAGGUGUAGUUAAAAACCUUGAUUAUAUUGUUGCAAUGGCACCUUUCAAGGGAUGGGGGUAUAUUAGGCAGCAAGUGAACAGUUGGUUCUUGAAUUUAAUGUGUUGGAAGCAAGAAUAAUGGACCAGCAAAAAGAUCUAAGGCACUCUGACACAAGUAAAAUCAUAAUGGCCAGACUACUGGGUCAGAGCAUCUCCAAAAUGUGUUUCUGGUAUGCAGUGGUGUGUACCUACCAAGCUUGAGAAACAUUGCUGUAUCUGUCAUAUUUUCCAAUAAAUCUGAUGUAUGAAGACUUUGAGUGCCUGGACUACUCUGCUGUUACACGAUUAGGAAGGACAAUCUGUGAACCAGCGUUUGGGUCUUGUGAGCCCAAGCCUCAUUGGUGCAUGUGGUGAGCAAAUGGCUAGCCCAUCUCUUCCAAUCCCAUAGAAGCACUACUGUAGCUUAAACUGCUGAAACCAUUAAUGCUGGCCAUGAUGGAACACAAGUUAAUCAGUUUGAUUGGUCUGCCGCUAUGCAGUUCCAUAUUCAGAAUGCCCAUGAUGACCUCUAGUCACCACAGGGACCUUCAAUGGGAAUGAGUGUCAGAGAUGGAGGGUUGCCUGGGAUAAUCAGUUUCUCUUAGAUCAGGUGGAUGGCCAGAUGUGUGCAUCAUUUACCUGGGGAAGAGAUGACAUUGGGAUGCAUGAUGUAAAGACUGCAGGCCAGCGUAUGCUCUGGGAAACCUUGGGUCCUGGCAAUCAUGUGGAUGUUACAUUGACAUGUACAACCUACCUAGAGACUGUUGCAGACUACAUACACCUUGCUGAUGGCUGUAACCUUUCAGCAGGAUAAUACACCCUGCAAAAUUGUUAAGGAAUAUUUUUGAGGAACAUGACAGUGUUCAAGGUGUUGCCUUGGCCUCUAAAUUCCCCAGGUCUCAAUCCGAUUGUGCAUCUGUGGGAUGUGCUGGAACAAAAAACUGAUCCGUGGAGGCCCAACCUUGCAACUUGCAGGACUAAAGGAACUGCUGCUAACGUUUUGGUGCCUGAUACCACAAUAUGGGUUCAGAGGUCUUGUGGAGUCAAUGUCUCGACACAGCUGUUUUGGCAGCAUGAUGGGUACCUAAACGAUAUUGGGCAUGUGGUUUCAAUAUUGUGGCUGAUCAGUGUUUAUGUAUGAUUUAACCCAUAGCAAUAGUGCUACAUGAAUGCAUCUAGGCUUGUCUCAGAACUAAUGAGCAUUUGUCCCAAUGCUUUGUAAUUGAGUGUGAUGGUUAACUAGGUUUCUAGGUUAAAACAUUCUUCUGGUGGAGAGACUGGUCUGUGCAGAUUUGCUCAAUCCCAGACUGCAUGAAUUUCUAAUGGGUAGAGUACACUACUAAUGUCAUAGCAAGGCCUGAGGGGACACCUGUUUGAAAGUAGGAGCACUCUUGAUAUCCUCUUUUCAUUUAUACAUUCCAUAUCUUUUGGUUUCAAUUUUCUCUUUUUUUUUUUAAUUCAAUAUUUUAAUCCAUAUCUUUCAGGGUCUUGGGACAGAUGAGGAAACUUUAGUAGAAAUUCUGGUGUCAAGGAAUAAUCGGGAGAUCCGAGAAAUUAACAAAGUUUACAAAGAAGGUAAGCUGUUCUCUUUGAGAACAUGAUGGAAGUGCCAAUAUGGUAAUUAAUCCUAUUGGCCCAUGGAGAUACAGGGUGUCUUGAGUUGUUGCUUCAGGCGCUGCUUCAUUCUCAGUGCAGCACCAGCAUUUGAUCUGGUUUUGUGACACACGAUUAGUAAAUCUUACUGAUUGCAAAAAAAAAUCCACACUCUUAUCACCUGUAGACCUUGGUGCACUGUAGCUAGGGCUGGCAAACGCGUAAUGCAUAUAGUAACAACAAAGUAAUCCAGGCACUCAAGAUCUUAAUAUAUCAGCAGAUUUAUAGGAAAAACAUUACAGAAACCGCAAUGUUUUGAUCCCUUCAGGGAUCUUUAUCAAGCUUGAGAAACGUUGCUGUAUCUGUCAUGUUUUCCAAUAAAUCUGAUGUAUGAAGACCUUGAGUGCCUGGACUACUUUACUGUUGCACAAUUAGUAAAUGGUAUGUUGGAUUUCUAAUUGCUGACACCUCCCCCUUUAUAAACAAAAUGUAUCCCCUACUUCUUCACCACUGUGUUAACUAGUAAAGUUAUUAGAUGAUCACUGCCAAUGUGUUUUUUUUUUUGUUUUGUUUUUUAAACCUUAUUCCUUCACCCACCCUCUUCUCUCGACACCAUCUUUUAAUCAGAAUUCAAAAAGGAUCUAGCAAAAGAUGUUGCAUCAGACACCUCUGGAGACUUCCAAAAGGCUCUUCUUGCACUCAUAAAGGUAAAGGUUGUAUGUUGACCUCUGCUGUAUUUCUCUAGAUGUGUUUUGAUUUGUCUUUGUUAAUUUGUGAAAGUAUUGCUUACAAUACAACUUAAUUUUCUUAGGGUGAACGCAGUGAAGCAACUACAGUUAAUGACGAGCAAGCUGACAACGAUGCUAGGGUAAACGUAGCAUAACCUAUAAUUCUUGUAUGCUUUCACUCUGAUAACCCAACAUGAGCAUUUAUGAUCUAAACUAAAGAAUGCAUUUUGGGGUUUGUAGGCUUUGUAUGAAGCUGGAGAGAAGAGAAAAGGAACAGAUGUCUCAACAUUCAUUAAUAUUCUAACUUCAAGGAGCUUUCCACAUCUUCGAGAAGGUACAAUAAACUUCAGAAAUUUGCUUAUUUGUAUCAAUAUUUCCACCCCCCCCCACACUUGACCAUUUCCUUGUUGACAUUUCACCCUUCCCUGACUUAAAUUAUUAAACCCCUGUGUAGAAUUGGUGUAAAUAUUGCUUUAAUGCACCCAUUUCCUUUUUGGGUGUAUUAAAUCAUAUAUACACCAAUUAUAGCCCCCACAUGUACUUUAUUCUCAUUUGGUUGUUUCAUAUUGGGCACUUAAAUUUCACAAGCCUUGUGUUUCAACUACAGAUGUUAAAUUCAUAUUCUGCUGGCUCUUAAAAACACAAACACAUAUGUAUAUCUUCAAGUUUACGGAGAACUUCUGGCUCCUAUUACAGCAACACGUUUUAACUUGGAUCUGUGGGGAAAGCAAAGCAGCAGCAUAUCAAUUUUGUCAAGUGGCUAGAACUGCUUUGUACUGACUGCUUUUUGGUGUUGCUUACUGACUGCAUCAAAUGUUGAUGCUACUUCUAACCUUAAACUAUUAAGCAGGUUGUCCCCUAAGCUGUGUAUUCAGUGUAAAGAAUUUUUUUUUUUUUUUUGUACAAAAUUUAGCUUAAGAUUACUAAUUUUCGUUUUAAAUAUUUAAAUGUCUAUUUUGCUUUCUAAUGGGUGUUAGAGUAGUGACCUUCAUAUUGGUUCUGCAUGUUGUGUAUUUCAGUAUUCCGAAGAUAUUCAAGAUACAGCAAGAAUGAUGUAAAAAAAGCUCUUGAUCUGGAGUUGAAAGGAGAUAUCGAAAACUGUCUAGUGUCCAUUUGUGAGUGACUUCAGUAAAAUUAAAGUAAAUUUGUUGCCCAAAGCUUUCCUUAAAGCUGCACUGUCAAGCCAUACUUACCGUUUUCCAAUCUCUUCCUCUUCAACUCUUUGCUACUGCCUUGCUGGUGUUUUUUUUUAUUUUUUUAUUUUUUUAUUUUUUCUCUCCAAUUUUGUAACCAAAAACACAAAGUAGGAAUUUUUCCCAAUGCCCGACACUUCUUGACUCUGGGCAGAACUACCGUCAUAAAGUGUCAAUCCACAAGCUUUCACCAGUGACUACUGCAAAAAAUUGCACCUGUCUAUGGAGGAACUUAUAGGAUAUUGCAUAUCAAUACAUGUGCAAGAGUACAGCAGUGAUGUCUGUUUUCUGAAGCAUCAGUAGCUGUCGAGGACGAACAAGAUGUUUGUUCAUACGAGGGAUGUUACUGGUAGGUAGAAUUAAUGGAUGGGGUUUUGCAAAAUCCUCAGAUGGUGACAUGCUGCCUUAAAGCUUUAAUUGGCUAGAAAACAGUAUAAAAUACAUUAUGCGUGGCUGCCUAGGGGCUGAGCUUUGUGUGAUAGAACUCCCUCCCCUCAAACAGCUAAGAAAAACUUGACCGAAAACAAGGGAUGGGACUCAAAAAAGGCUAUUCACGAAGAUGAGAAUUGUCAGGAUUUCAAAGUGAAUUUAAAGUUUAAGGCCCGACGGAGAGGAGAGGUACAUUGUCCUUAAAGGGAAAACUAUAGGGUCAGGAACACAAACCUGAAUUCCUGACUCUAUAGUGUUAAAGCCAUCAUUUAGGUGGCACCCCCUUAGAAGGGGUUAAAAAUCUCCUUAUUUCCAGCACCACAUGGGUGCAUUGGCCCCACCCCAAUUCGCCUCCUUGGUGACAUUAUCAGAAUUACAGGUUUUUAGCCAACCCAAUUUCACAGGCCAAAAUCUGCGUGGGGUGUUUUGGUUUUUGGGGGGGGGAGGGAGAAGGUGGGAGGAGUGCAAUUGGCAACCCAUAGAUAUGCAUUGAAUCAAUAAAUCUCAAUGAGGAAAAUUUGGCGACUCCAUGCUAAACAGUGCUGCGUACUGUGCAGCAUUGCCACUGGAGGUGUCCCUAGGAGCAAUGUAAACACUGCAUUUUUUUCUAAGACCUUGUUUGCAUGAAAAUGCCUGCAAGGAAUGACUAUAUUCAUUAGAAAUGAAUUAAGCUGGAGUUGUUCUGGUGGCUAUAGUGUCCUUUUAAACUUGCUUUGAAUUCCUGACAACUCUCACUUUAAUAAAAAAAAAAAAAAUCCUCAUAGCACCAUAGCAACUGCAAUGAGCUGUAGUAGUUAUGGCUUUUAGUUCCCUUUUACUUUGAUUGUCUAAAUCCUGUCUCUGAGGUAAUAACACAUUAAAAAUGCUAACUUCCAACUAACCCCAACCCUCUCCCUCAAUUAACAACUUAUUCUAAAAAGGUUGCUUUACCACUUAAAUCACUUAUGUGAAUGAUCUAUUUAAUGCAUAACUGCAAAAUAUGGUCUGAAUUUGUGUGAAGUUUUUAUUUUUUUUCCUAUUUAUAAUUACACACGUAUGCCUGAUAUUUAUGCUGUGCAUGUGGAAUGUUAUGUUAAUACUGUGACUUCUCAAUUUGUAGCUAAAUGUGUUGGGAGUAUACCUGCUUAUUUUGCUGAAAGAUUCUACCUUGCAAUGAAGGUUUGUAAUUUCAUUUUAAUAUGGGUUACCAUGUUUCUAUAAGGUUUGAGGGGAGGGGGCCGUUGUGUAAAUUUUAAUUUUUUUGACAAGAUGUAUCUUGCCAAAAGUGAUCUUGAUUCAAUGUUCUGUUAAUAUUUUAACUUAACUACUGCCCACUCAGAUAAUGUCUGGGUGGUUUGACAAAAAACAAGGCUGUCCUGUUACUUUCCAGAGUUUUCUUAUGUUAGUCCAGCACUCUAAACCUAUAAAUGCCAUCCAAGAAUGGAUAGCAAUGAUCAUGUACCAAUUAUCCAAAUUACCAAAUAGGGAAUGGGCUUUAGGUGCUCAGUUUAGAGAUUUAGUCAAGCUGCUCAAAUGACUUGACACAAACCAGGCAGUUGAUACCAAAAGGUUCCUUGUGCUGUUUAGUAAUCCUCUAAAGGAAUGGCCAAUUAUUAAAGGUGCAUGACUUCUUGUGAAAGUUUGAAUUCAUUUAAAAGUUUAUUUAUUUAAAAAAAUUUUUUUUUAAUUUUGCUUUUGCCCAGGGAUCUGGAACACGACACAAGGCCUUAAUUAGGCUCCUUGUUUCUCGAUCUGAAAUCGACCUUAAAGAAAUUAAAGCGCAUUAUGCUCGUCUCUAUGGAAAAUCUCUGCGUCAGGCUAUUUUGGUAAGUGACACAUUAACUUAGACCAGCAUUUCCCAAACCAGUCAUCAAGACCCACCAACAGUCCAGGUUUUGUUAGUAUCUCCAUUGGAAUAAAACCGGGAAAUACAUAAAUCCUGGACUGUUGGUGGGCCAGGAGGACUGGUUUGGGAACCACUGACUUAGACAUUUCAAAUGUUGCUUUUGAACUAAAACUUCAGUUCUCUGUAAGCCAUGUAAUGGUAGAAACCUAUAGAUAUUGUAGGCCAUAAACAUCAAAAUCCUGAUGGCAACUUAAUGUUGGCUACAUUCUGUCAUACUGAACAUCACUUAGAGAAUCAUGGGAUGUUCAGAUUUUGUCAAGCUGUGCACCUUGAUAAUCUUUGUUAAGAUUUUAGAGACAAACUGACAUUUAAAAAAAAAAAAAAGUUCUAAAAGUGUGUUUUUGCUCAAUGUAGCUGGCAAAUUGUGACCUAGUGUUAACAUAGAUUUGGACAUAUUAACUGGGAAAACAACUCAAACCUGGUGGAAUAUCAGAUUUUGUAGUGUAACAAUCCAUUUUAAAUUUAUUUUUUUUCAAUUUUCUUUUAUAUUUUUUUUUUCUGUUUUCAGGAUGAAAAAGUAAAAGGAGACUAUGAAACCAUUCUGCUGGCAUUGUGUGGAACAGACAACUAAGGCCUAAUUUGUGCAAGCACAGUUAACCAACUUAAUAUUCUAAACUUCAGGUUUAGCCAGUGAAAAUAUUAAAAAUAACAGAAGUACUUUGUGCAGUGCAUAUACUGUGUAACCACUUUUCUUGUAUGUAUUCAAAGUUUAAAACCAUUUUUUGUAUGAUUAAUAAAAAUGAAAAAUGAAUUUAUUUUAUUUUUAUUAUGAGGGUUUACACUGAGCGUCUAUAAUGCAUAACCAAAUUGAUGGUAAUCCCUAUAUUCCAUAUUGAC